AGCAGUCCGCCAGCAACCGCGGCAGGCGGGCGUGCGAGUAGUGACGGCACUGCGUGUGUUUGUAAACGGUCGUGCGCGGAGUGCGGCAUCGGAAAGCGGCGAUGUCUUCACCUCCGGUACUGGACAUCGGCAGUGAACGUCGACACCGGCCAGUGUGAUACGCUCAGUGACCACGCGACGACCAUGUCGACGUUGCAGAAACUACGCGAUCGGUGACCCGUUCGGCGGCUCCGACGGUCUUCCCUCGGAGAGGCCGGGCUUCUUCGGCGGCCGCCGAUCCGCCAACAUGGCGACCUUCUCCCAUUGGGUAUGGGUCGUUGUUUGGACGCAGUUCGUGCUUUUCCUGACGCUCUCGGCGCCCGCGGACGGGCAGAAGAUGUACUGCCCGUCCAAUUGUUCCUGCCUCGGCCCCUUUUUCGAGUGCCGUCGACGGGGAUUGACCGAAAUACCCAGGGAUUUACCGACGUGGGUCGAGAUUCUGGACAUCAGUCAUAAUGAGUUGACCGUGUUGGACGCAAGGAGCCUUCAGCACCUCUCUCAAUUAAAGCGCCUAAAAGCCGCGCACAACAAGCUCUCUGCAGUUCCAGAUCUUGGCUUUCAUCCCCAUCUAACCGACCUUAACCUAGCUCACAACGCCAUACCACAACUUACCAGUGACCUGAAGAAGCUUCCUCAACUGAGAAAUUUGGACUUGAGUUUCAACAAGAUCACGUCUAUUCCUGCUGGUGUCUUCACCAACAGUUCCAACCUUCAGCGCCUAUUCCUAAGUUCAAACAAAAUUUCGAGCAUCAAGAAUGGUUCUCUGGAAAACCUCACGAGCUUGCAGACACUUCAGCUCAACAGGAAUCGUCUCUCCACCAUUCCCAAGAACCUGUUCCUGAAUCUUAAAAGCCUCAAGCAAUUGGAGCUGGAAAAGAACCGGAUCCGUUCAAUCGAGGGCCUCAGCUUCAAGGGCCUCGAGGCAUUGGAAUCUCUGAGCCUACGCAAGAACCUCAUUAGCCACCUCUCCGACGGGGCUUUCUACUACCUCAGCAAGAUCCAGACUCUCAACCUGGAUUACAACAACAUCACUGCUGUGACCAACGGGUGGUUGUACGGGAUGUCAUCUUUAAGAUUACUAAAUCUGACCCACAAUGCCAUCACUGAAGUGGAUAUGGGCGGCUGGGAGUACUGCAAGAAGCUGACCCACUUAGAGUUGACGUUCAACAAUCUUCAGGCCAUCACCAAGAGCACCUUUGCUAAGGCGGAGUCUCUGCGUUUUCUCUACCUCGGACACAACUUGGUCUCGCACAUCGAAGAAGAGGCCUUCAAGCAGCUCAACCAACUGAAAGAACUGUACCUGGACCACAACGCCCUCUCGUGGACAAUGGAAGACACGAACGGGCCCUUCUUUGGCCUAAGCAGCCUGGUCCACCUCACCCUUUCCGACAACUUCAUCAAGUCGCUGACGUCAAGGGCGUUUGCCGGCCUGGGCCGCCUGCAAUCUCUGGACCUUUCGAGGAACCCGAUCACCACCAUCAGCAAGGGCACUUUUGCACCGCUGCGCAGAAGGCUGACCACGCUCCUGCUGGACAGCAGCAGUCUUCUGUGCGACUGCAAUCUGCUGUGGCUGCCCGCAUGGAUCAUGCGCAAGGGUUUCCAGAAGACCGUCAACGUGCGGUGCGGCCACCCGCCAGCGCUGGAGGGUCAGCGGGUGCUCGACAUCGCGGCUGACAACUUCACGUGCAAUGACUUUCCCAAGCCCCAGAUAUUGCUGCAGAGUCCCGAGAACCAGGUUGCUCUCAAGGGUCAAAACAUCACGCUCGUCUGCAAGGCAGCUACUGCGAGCUCUUCCAGGCUCGAGUUCCAAUGGAGGAAAGAACAGAAGUUCCUGUCUGACGUUGAGACCGAGGUCUCUGAGCAAGUGGAGGCCAACGACGUGGUGGUAUUCACGAGUUACCUCCACCUGAGGAACAUUCAGAAUAAGGACGAGGGCCGUUACCAGUGUGUGAUCCGAAACCAGUUUGGGUCUGUCUACUCCAAUCAGUCCAACAUCAGCGUCUACGUGCUGCCCUCGUUUGUGAAGACUCCUUCGAACCUGACAGUACGUGCCGGAGGCACGGCGCGGUUGGAGUGCGGUGCCACGGGCCAGCCGAAGCCCACGGUGUCAUGGCAGAAGGACGGAGGAGACGACUUCCCGGCCGCCAGGGAACGCCGGAUGCACGUCAUGCCCACCGACGUCGUCUUCUUCGUGGUGGGCCUCAAGGCGGCCGACUCGGGCGUCUACACCUGCACCGCCCGCAGCCGAGCCGGCGUUGUCCGUGCCAACGCCACGCUCACUGUGCUCGAGCCCCCAGCAUUUGUACGUCCCAUGCGAAGCAAGGAGGUGGCGGUCGGUGACACGGCAGUGCUGGAGUGCCUGUCAUCCGGCAGCCCCAAGCCCCGGCUCACGUGGCUCAAGGACGGAGUGCCCUUGGUGGCCACCGAGCGGCACUUUCUGGUGGCCGAGGCGCAACUUCUGGUCAUUACCGACAGCAGAACGUCGGAUUCGGGCCAGUAUGCGUGCGAGAUGACCAACACCCUGGGCAAUGAGAGGGGGCUCUCGCUCCUCAAAGUGGUGCCAGCCAAGUCCUCCCUGGGUCCCCUGGGUCCCGACGCGGAAGGCAUGACCACGGGCAUUGUGGUGAUUGUGGUCGUCGUCUGCAUCGUGGGGACUUCCCUGGUCUGGGUGUUUAUCAUCUACAAGACGCGCAAGAGGCAGCGCUCGAUGUGCAGUGCACUCCCCGAGGCCCCACCUCCAAUGGCGCCCCCGCGAAGGCCUCCCGAGCAGGAGCCCUUCCUCACGGCCGAGGCCGAUGCCGGUGACAUCCACGUGACGCGGAACAUGUGUGCCGACUCAGGUUCCGACCAUUCAAGCAAGGAGAGUGGGCACCAAAGUUGUGAUGACUUGGGCUCCCAGGUGGACACGAGUAGUCAGACGUUCAUUCUGGGGGCAAGCAGGAUGCCUUUCUUCGCACGAGGUCGGCGAGAAGGCAGCCUGAGCUCCGCGAGCGGCAGCAGCAGCAGUCAGCCGAGCCCUCCCCACGUGCGGGCAACGCUGACGAGUUUCCAGCCCAGGUCGGCAGCGGUGGCGACCGGCACCCUGUCGGAACAGACGACGUUACGGCAUUUGACGAGGCAUCCCAUUGCCCACGGGCGGCCCGGCCUUCCCUGCAGCUCUCCCUCCCCCGUCCACUCGCGAACGGCGUCAGCGACUGGACAGGCCCGGUCCCUCUCGGAGGGCCACCUGGUGCCAUCCCGGGCGGCCACCGUGCCACUCGCACGCCGGCACGUCCGCGUCCGCCGCGGUUCCAGCGCGAGCAGCGAAAGCAGCGGCGCCAGUGGCGUCCGCGGUGGCAGCAGCGAUGAGCGGGACUCGGGCUUCUCCACGUUUCCUCGAAGCGUGCGGAGCUGGAGUUCAGCAUCUCUGCACUGUCGGCUACAGCCCAGAGAGGUUGUCCCCAACGGAGGCAGCAUAGCAACAGUCAGCGGGGCGGGUUCCCAGCAGUCGUGCUGCCUCACGCCAGCCUCUGUCAGUCAACAGGACGUGUCGUCUGCCGCAGCUGCCACACAGCAGCCUGCCGUGACAGACGUCCACCUCUCACCGGGUAGGCGGCGCAGCCGAGCGACCCUCGCCGUUGUUGGCAGCAAGAGGCCGCCACAACCGUCGUCCCCCGCUCGUCACGCACCGGCCACAAUGGCUUCGGUGGUGUAGCAGCAGCAGCAGCAGCGAUGGCCGCCACCUCAACGUAUCCAGCAUAAACAGAGCAAUGUGUUGUUGUAGUGCGUGGGGCGAAAGUGAACACUUGAGCAUUUGGUGGCCGGCCCAUUUCGCGAGCGCAUUUGGCUUGCACAGCCGGUGCCAUUUGCGAUGUCACUCGCUUUCCAGAAAACGAAUGGCAUGAUAGGCGUUAAAAAGAGUAGCAAAUUGCGCGAGUUGGUAGCCGAUCGUGAUCUUAGGGGUAGUGCUAAAGUGACACGGCAUGAAAGAAUGACUCAAAAUGACUGAUGAAAUUGCCAGCCUUUGAAUGACCUUCAGUUGAAACUGAGUGCUUCGCCCAUCGUUUUGUGUCUUUCUUUCGUUAUUCGUCACUUUAGCGCCAACCCUGAGACCGUAGUAGGCAGUCGAUCUACUGCAUCGGCACUCGCUAUAAGUAAUGAAGUAGCAUGGCCCCCCUGUGGCAGGUCGUGCCAAUGGAGAAGCAACCGACCAUUUUGUUGGUUGCAUUGGUUCUCAGUAGAGAAGUCUAUCGGCUACAGUGAUUAUCACCUACAGGUGAUGAAUUCUCUUCAACAGAAUGGCUCACAGAGAGGCACUUCAGGUUUGAAUACCAAUUCGUACACGUGCCGAGAGCCGUACACAAUCGGCUUAGCCCGGUGGCUAGGUCUUUCCUAAAGCAGGGUUUGGCUGGCCACCAUUCGCCCAAUGUGUUCACUCAUUGCUCACAAACGUGAACACAAAACUGUAGAAACACCCAUAAGUUUUCUUAAAACGUGCUGGAUACUAGUCUUGCAUCACACGGGGGAUAAUGUAUGGAGAAACCUGUCAAUUGCGUUAACGCAGGCUGUUUUUCGAUCAACCAUUGGGCACCGUUUGCCUGCAGCGGAAGAGUGUGUUGCAUUGCGCUUUGUUUUUACCCAUGUGGUUAAGUUUCGUGCAGAUGUGCUCGAACUUGUAUCACUUUUCCUUGCACUCAGGCAGUCUUUCUUUUUUUUUUGCGCUAUGUUGUUUCAUGGAAUUUCUUUUUGUUGCAAAAUGUACAUACAGUUCGAAGGGGUGGGGCUGUAAAUAAAGGCGAGCCUACUUCGGGAAUAGCAUAAUUUUGUCGAAUUGCGGUUGCUCCCUAAGAGCUGCAUUUUCGGUAUGGUUGCUCCAUACGAGCCACGUCGUUUUUAGACUGUGGUGGCGGCACUUCCCCCAUUGAUGCAAGGCUGCGGUGGCGGCGCUUCGCUCGUUGCGGAGCAGCCAAAGAUGUAAUAUUACGGAGAAAUCCCGAGUGACGGAAAAAGUGGGGAGGGGGGGAGGGCGUUACAAAUGCGGCGCUUGCGCCUGCCAUUUCCACGCUGUGGGAGAUGUGCUAUUCUGUGCCAUGUUUUAGAAGACAAGAAAACUGUUACCUGUCGUCGUGUUCUCAUGCGUGCACGUGUAUAUUUUCUCCAUGUCCCUGUACAUAGCGUAGUGUGCCAGAUGUGAUCGUCGAAGUGGGUGGGGGGAUGACGUUUGGGGAGAGAUUUUUAGCUACAUAAUGUACAUAGCAGAGCACCGAAAACACCACCACCACCACCUCUCUUAAUUUAAAGAAGUAAGAAUCAAGUCAUCGUGUAUAAAUGGUUGUCUCUGUGGUUGUAUUACAUAUCUGUGGAAUUUGCUCGUAGACCCAACUGUUCCUAGGGGGUUACAAGUGCUGUGUAACAUAGUCACAUCGCUGGUGUCGAGUGUGUUUUUUUUUAACGUUUCGUGCCUCGCGUUAGUUAGCCACCUAUGGCUCUGUCUCGUCAAUGGCUGCUGGAAAAAACAAAAAGGUCUGCAAGGUUGGCAUGCGCAGGCCUCUUCGCGCAGCGUCUACGGGAAUCCGGAAGUGUCGUCGUGACCCAUGCGGGGAAACAAAAAGAGUCCGGCUUCUUUUCGCAAGUCUUGUGUAUAUAGCGUAAGUGGGGCAUCUCGUUUCGAAGCUGUUUCGGAAAAGGAAGGUGCCAAAAGAAAUGGAGGAGCACAGUAAUCGUUCGCUGCGAGAGAAACGUAAUGGCGCGCGACUGACCGUUAUUUUGCCCAGUUGGCUGUAUUCCUGGUGAAGGCAUUAGCUUAUGCGCCUAGAUUUUAACCUCCAGCGUUUCCCAAUAAACAAAACUUACCUGCAGCUACAAAAAUGUUAUUUCUUACAAACUACUGCAUGAAAAAAGUUAAAGAGGGAAAGGAACGCAGAAAUUGUAGCUGAAUUAUAGUGAUUACUUACUGUCUGGAAAAAGCUGUAGCAAUUGUUCGAGCUUGCCAUCAUCACGGAAUGUGUGCGCGCGGCCACAAGAGAGAGACAAUUUUCGGCUUUUUCUUUCUUCCGGUGCAAAAGAAAGCAUUCUCGGUGGGUUGUGAAUAGUUAUCGACAAAAUACCACUACAUACAACACGAAGUACCUGUAUAUUUUAAAAGGAAAAGCGUCGCAGUCUCAUCGUGGUCCCGCUCGACUUUCCGUUGUUCCUUUUUGUUCUUCUUCUUCUGAAUGUCGUUCGCUGUCAAUUUGUUCAGCAGCUUGCAUUGCACGUCUGGGCAUUAACCGAAUUCUCGCGUGGGCCGAAUUCCCGGUUUCGAAUUUCUCGCGACGCACGUCUCGCUCGACGAUAGCGUGAGUGUACAAAUCUCGCCGGUGCUACACUUACUUUGAGCCGUGCGCAAGUAACACCGGACUCUUGAAAAAUCCCCGUGUGCAUUCGGAAAUGGGUGGAGAGUACUACUAGCCUUUGGAAGUGCGUUAGCUCAAGUGUCGUUGUCAGUGUUUCAUAAUCAUCGCAGUCAGGUGUAAAUAUGUCACUGUACAUAGCUGUAUAGCCCUCGCGACAACGGUGAGAUUUCAUUGUAGCCUUAGUCAAUGUCCAGAGAAUAUAGUUUUAUUUAAAAAAAUCGUCGGCCCACACUCGCAGGGAGAACGUUUUCGUACAGGCAGCGGGGGAAUGCACGAACGUUUGUUUCGUCUGCGGAAAAAGACGAUGUCGCGCUAGUACAUUAAAGAAAACGAAAAGAAAAGCUGCUGGAUUGAUCUUUUGCACCAGUUCUUUUGCAGCUGUUAAAGGACAUUGCCGGUAAAGUCCACUUCCCAGUGAAUUCGCUCGGCUGCGCUUUUCCUGCAAAGAGCUUUCUUUAAGUUUUAAGAUUUUUUUGGUUCGGCCUGUGCAAAUUUUGAAUUUCGAGGUUGUACCAUUGCUUCCCGCUCCUCUGGAAUUGAAUUAGUUUCCUCUGAAAACAUGGCAAGGGUCAGUUGCGUUAAUACGAGGCUGCGUGCAAGCAUUUUUUUUCUUUGUACAGUUUCACUCAGGAAGGCAUUGACAUCGUUUGUAUUGCCCGGAAGAAAAAAGAAUACAUAAAUGAAGACUGAGGAAAACAUUCCCCAUCCGCAUGGUUUAUACUUUCUAUGAUUUUAUUAUUUAAAUUAGUUUUCUUUUUUGCAAGCUUCAGUGCCCCAGUGCCAAUCACCGUGUGUCAGGGUCCGCCACCUACUUUUUCCCCGAAGUUUCCAAAGGGGCAAUUGUUUCUUUGGUGUUGAUAUAUAAUAUACAUUAUUGGUAUUGUAGAUAGCAAAUUGUAAUUAAGUGUAUUUAAGACUACAUGUAGGUUUUUAUUAUUUUUUUUCUUCGACGAGAAAAAAGAGUGAUGGAUAUAGUGCCACUGCAAUAUGUCAACGGUCUAAACCAGUCCCUUUUCUUUUUUUUUUUUUUUUGAUUCUCAGUUGUGCCAUAUAUGUUCUCAGUACGUCUGAGCUCAUCUACGUUGUUCUGUAGAUUGCAAAUUAAUGCCAGCGACUGUUUUUACAGCCGGCCUCUGUUAGGUCAGAGAGAAUCUGCAACGUCUUCUUGUGUUUACUUGUGCUGUGGACGCAUUGCAUUUGUUAUUUCCUGAAUUCACCAUUUUGCCAAAUUUAUCAGCCUUGUUGAUGUUAGCUUUUUUUUUUUUUUUCCUGUUUCACACGCUUUCUUUUGCCAUAAACGAUGGUGACACAUUUUUAAAGACUCAAAGAUAUGUCUAGUAUUGUUUGUUUGUUGCAAUAUGCAGUGGCAAUAUAAAGAGUUGUAAUAAAACUCAGUAUGCACAGUA